CAUUAAAUCGGUGCCGUUGCAAAGGUUAUACCUUGAUCUAAGGUAAACAAAUCUCAAGAUCUCGAGAAACACGGUGUCAUCCUCAUGUGGUUACAGCUUUAAUAUUAAAGGUAAAGGCCAAAACCGAGGCCUGGCAAUACCAGUAACUUCAAGGGAGUGCCAGAAAUCAGUCUAAGAUGCAUCUUUUCAUCAUCACCACUGUCCUUGGGUGUGCAGGAGUUGUGCUGCCUACCCUCCUUCACCAUUUUAUACGAGCCAUUGGAGGUGAAGGUCCUGAAGAACGACAAAUCCGGCAAGAAGUUUUGAGGCUGAAGCAACAGUUGCAGAAUAUCAGUAUGGUUGAUCAGUUUGCAAAUUAUGCUCGGAUACAGCGGAAGAUUAAUUCCCUGAAUCAGCAGUACAAAACUAAAGUCAGUGAGCGUUCCAUUGGACAACAACGAGUGCAGCUUACUGUUGGUGGAAUAAUCAAGACAGUUGUUGGCCUCUCAUGCCUCUGGCUGGUUUGGGAGAAUCGCUCAGAGCCAGUGGUGUCACUGCCAGACACUCUUGUGUGGCCACUGGGACCGCUGCUCUCCUUUCCAUCAUGUCAAUAUGGAGAGAUAAGUGUGGUGGUGUGGCUUGCUGUGGUGCGAACUGUGUGUGGACGGAUAUCAAGCCUUCUUCCAUCCAGCACACCAAAACCCACCACUCAUUCAAUACCGUCACCCUUCAUCCAGACUGCUACCCCAGUCUCCCCUCCAUUAGAUUAGUUUUCAUAUUUUAUUUGUGACUCAGUAUCACAGUGACCCUCUAUAAUGAGUAUUUUUUCCUACAAAUUUUUACAGAACAUACUGUAAUAUGAUUUAAUCUAUCACAUAAAUCUCGUAUAGAGAAUGCGGAGCAUGAUUGUCUCCUUAAAUUUCAGGUAUCCAUUAAGCCUUGCACCUGAAAACUAACUAACAAAAAAAAUACAUCUGGAAGAAAACUUCAAUUCUUUGAGAAAUUUUUCAGGCAGAAGGAUAUGUGAUAUGUAUGUAUGUGUAUGUUAUUGAUGAGAUUAAACCUGUAUAACAUGAAACUCAUAUAGAAAAUGUGGAGCAUGAUUGUCUCAUUAUGGCCCAUUGGAUAAAGAUUUGCAUUAGCAUAAGAGUGAGGCUGAAAUGGUCAGUUAGGUGGUGUACCUUAUUGAAUAUUUUCUAUUUAAAUCCUUAUCAGUGAGUUAACAAAGUAAGGUGAGAAAGGCAGUUAUUUUAGAAGUGAAAAAGGAGUAAUUUCCAAGUGAGAGAGAGUGGAAAGAGUCUAGCAGACAUGGAUGAUAAAUCUUGCAUGGAUGUAUGAGGGACAGCACAAGCACCUAAAGACUGAGAUGGUUAGUUGUCUGCUUUCUCUUGACAAUGUGCAUUGAUCGAGCUUGAUAGUAUAGGAUAUGGCCAAGGUGUAAUGUGUCAAACUAAAGUUUUAUUUUUUUAUUUAUUUAUGUAUUUAUUUUUAUUUAUUUACUUAUUUAUUUAUUUAUUUAUUUAUUUAUUUAUUUAUUAUUAUUGUUAUUAUUUUUUUUUUUUCAAUGUACUUUGAUUUCUAAUUACCAGAUUAUUUUGGGUGACAAAUUUGGGUUUGAAUAUGAGGCUUAAAAUAUUUGUGUUUCAACAGAUGCUACAGCAAACAAAUGUCAUAAUGAAUAAGGAACUAUAGUCCUUAAAUCAUUGAUUUCUUUAUUGGAGAUCACCACUGUAACAUCCAGAAACUCCUGUGAAAUGAUACCAUCUGUUGGAAUAGAAGAGAGGUGCCAAAAUUAUUUUAAUUUUCCUUCUCUGCCAAAUCAAUACACCAAGGAAAUUUUGAUAAUACACUACAUGGUUUCAAGUUCUGUUUAGGGUGUUUUUUUAAUUUUUUUUUUUAUUUAUCUAUAUUUAUUUAUUCUUUUUUUUCAUUGUAUGAUAUAAGAUGAAUGGACUGUUAUGGAGGAAUAUGGUAAUAUUGAUCAAGAAUGAAUGGAAGUAUCAGUUUGUGUAUACUGAAGCUACUUCCAUUUGUAUCACGGUAUUGAUAUUAGAGAUAUAAGUUUUCCAAGUGUUGUAGGUAAGAUGCACAGGUGUCUGUAAUGUGCAGUGUGUUUUUGAGAGAGAGAGAGAGAGAGAGAGAGAGAUUCAGCAAAAAAUCAAUAAAGAGUAAUUAUAGAACUUUAAUGGGCUAGAUGAUAGAUUGUUAAAAUGAGUCGAAAGUUUGUAUGUGAAAGGUAGAGCAUCUGUUGGAGUAGGAAGUAGAGUAAAUGAGUGGUUUCCUGUUGAAGUCGAGCUGCAGCGAGGAUGUGCGAUGAGCGAGAGAAAGGUGCAGUGAUAGCAAGUAGCUGAGAAAAACGUGCCGGGAGGCCUGCAGAGAAUAUUUAUAUACCAUCACGAAUGUGUGCAUUUGUAUUAUAUGUAUCAUCCCUCCUACCUUUACAACUUAAACCCCUUCACUCAGUAUAUCAACCUCAGUACGCCCUCCACUUCACCACCUUCACCUCACCCACUUCCUCAUACGUAGCUCCAUUACGCCCUCUCAUCUGCCACCUCCGCCACGCCUACCACAACACCAUACUGCACAACAAUGCCCUCUUAUUCACUCCCAGCCGAUCACUCCACUGAUUCCCCGAUGCCUCCACACUUUUUAGCACUGAACCAGAGUCGGCCUAAUAAUAGAGGGAUACCAUGACGUAAUCUGUUUGUUGGACUUUCUCUUAACAGUAAUAGUAGGUAAAUGAUGCAGUAAGAAGAAAGUGCCCGGUAUUAUUAUUCAGGUAGGUCACUUUCCCUGGGCGGGGAGGAAACAUCCGGGAGGGUUCCUUAUCUUCGGCAAGGAAAAGCGCUGUACAUCAUUAUACAGCCAUCAAUAUUAAUGACGCUCUAUAAACUUUGGUUUCCUAUGUACUUUCAAUUGUGUGUUCUGAAUGAACUACACCAGCGCUUUCUACGGCUAUUGCCAAUGUUUGAUAUCAUAACACUUGUUUGAGGAAGUAGGAGUUAUGCGUUCUAUAAGUCAGCAUAUAGGUGUUUGAAACAGCGUUUCGGUUUAAUAAAAAUGUUCUUUUUUCGAUGCUUUAUGACGUUUGUUACCAUUUUUGUUUCCCAUGAUGAUGGAUCCAUAAAAGACUAUAUUUCCCAAAUCUUACCUAUACAUUUUAUAUUAUGAAAUAAAAGCAAUAAGUCUUCAA